AUGGCAAAACCAUGGCUUAAUUCUUUGUCACCUGGAUCUAUCACUUCAUGGGAACUAUUGGUCACAAAAUUCCUCUCUAACUUUUUCCCAAUGGCCAAGGCCAAUGCUUUGAGGAGAGAAAUUGCAGAUUUUUAUCAGGAUGAACAAGAGAAAUUUUAUGAGAGUUGGGAGAGAUUUAAGGACUUGAUCUUAAAGUGUCCCCAUCAUGGUUUUGAAACAUGGAGACUAGUACAAUAUUUUUAUAAUGGUUUGACUCAGACAAAUCGUAACAUGAUUGAAUCCAUGAAUGGUGGUGGAUUUUUGAGUCUUGUAGAUGAUGAGGCAUACAAAUUUCUUGAGAAUUUUUCUGAUAGUUCACAACAAUGGGAUUUUUCCAACCGUAAAGAGAGAUGUGCCUCUGUAAUUAAGAAAGGAGGAUUGUAUGAAGUCAGUGAGGAUUUAGACAUAAAAGCUAGGUUGGACAAUCUCACUCGUAAGGUUGAGGCUUUAGCUUUAGGUAGAGGGAUGAAUUCUGUCAAUCAAGUUCAAAGUGAAACAUGCUCUAUUUGUGCAAGUCCUAUGCAUAUAACACAAAUGUGUCCUUCUGCAGCUGGGUACCCUGAUUUUUAUACUGAGCAAGCAAAUGCACUGAAUAAUUAUGGAAAACCAUUUGCUAGUCCAUUUUCAGAGACAUACAAUCCAAAUUGGAGGAACCAUCCUAAUUUCUCAUGGAGGAAAAAUCAGCCUCCCACAAAUCUAGGUGGACAACAAGUGCAUCAACAAAAUCAAUUUCGUCCACCUAUUCAAGCAUAUCCUCCCAUUUCUCAAUCAACACCUCAGUUUGUAGCACUACCAAGACAACAACCAUCUUUGGAGGAGUCUCUCAAAACUUUCAUGCAAUCAACUAGCCAAGCCAUUAAAGAGAUGAAAAGUUCCACCCAUUUGAAUGCUCAAGCUAUUUCAAAGUUGGAAAAUCAAGUUGGCCAGUUAGCAACCUAA